AUGAAAAAUUCUAAUGAUACUCCGGUAUCUAAUAUAUCUGAUAAUACUUCAAAUUCUGAUAUUGCUCCUGAACAAAUAGAAAAUAGUUUCAACAAUACACCCAAUUCUGAUUCAUACUGGGAAAAGUAUAGUCAAUUUUUCAUAUCUCCUAUUCCUAUAGGAACUUUAUCAUCAUCGGAAGAGAAAGAAAUAAAUGAAUUUCUGGAAUUAGAAAAUAAGAAAACU